UAAUCCGACGUUUUGAAUCGAGGCAGGGGCUCGCCGGUAAAAUCCGCACGGCUCACGGUUUUAGAUAAUAAAUGUCUGACAUUCAUAUUCUUGAUUACUGAGCGUUUUUCAUGACAGCCCCGAACACCCUGCACGUAGCCUAUAAACGGCACGUGCUGGUCCAUCCCCACUCGUCGUCACUGUCAGUUUCCCUCUCGGUCAAACUGGCAGGCGAAAGGAAGGCGGACAGCAUAUCCAUUCAGAUACCCUUCAUGCUGAAUUUUAUCAAGGUCAAUUAAUGACCACGGGCCAUAACUUUGAUGGGCCACGACACGCGCACAGGGAAAACGGGCUGAAUUCAGGGAACUCAUAAGUGGUCCUCCCUUUUUUGUUUAAUUACGCAGGUUUUUCGGCGCACAACUUACCUUUCAAAACCGGUACAUGUGCCUCUAUCCAGGUAACCACGUGACAGCUGUCUAUGCAGCUGAUAAUUGGGGGGGUGGAGGGGACGUCGGUGCUGAUUGCUAUUUCACUUCAGGGCGAGCCACUCGUGCCCGGCCAGGACGCCGGCUAUCCUCGCUGCCCCCCCAUUUUCCCCGGCGUUUCACGCCUCUCCACGGGCGUGACGCCCCUGCACCUUUAAGGCAGCUCAGGAGAAAAAGCAGCCGCAAAGAAGGAGAGGUCCUUUUCGUGAUGCUGUGAGGGGAGGAGAGCGCUAGCGCGGGGACCAGCGGGCGAAGAUGCGUCUGCUUGUUGCUUUCUGGAAGGAGAGAGGUGGCCAUGAGGAUUUAAAUCAGGGGCACAACAAUUUUAGCUGCUAUUCCACAUUAUCUGGACAGGACAAUUAUUUUUUUUACUUUGCCCUUUUUUCAUGAAACAGAACUGACCGUUAACAACUGUUUUUUUAAACCACAACAGAUUUUUUCCCCCACUAUUUUUUGAUAAUUUAAAACAGGUCUUUAUUAUAAUAAUAAUUAUUAUCAUUACUAUUGUUAUUAUUAUUAUUUUCUCCAAAGACAGUACCACCUGUACGUAUCUCAGUGAAUGUCCGGCUACUCAUCAACGUCGCACCUGGGAUCUGAAUCCGGCAGGCGAGAAUCCAAUGCGGCUGUGAGCGGCAGCGCAUCGCCCUGACCGAAGCGCAAAGGCAAGAGCAACAAGGCACGGAUGCUCAGGGAGAAAAUGUAAAGCCGUUUAUUCCAUCGCCCAGCGACAGCGAAGAAAGAAUAAGGAAGAGCGAAGGAGAAAGUGCGCAGUCCGAAGAAAUAAGACGCGUAGUUUGCGGACUGAACGGAGCGGGGAAUGAGGAUAUUGGCGAUCACCUUUUUCCAGUGCAUCCUGAAUGUCCUCAGUGAAGACCUGAGCUCCAGCCUGUACUUCGUCAAUGCAUCUCUGCAAGAGGUGGUGUUUGCCAGCACCGCGGGGACGCUGGUGUCGUGCCCCGCUGCCGGCGUGCCGCCCACCGCCCUGCGCUGGCACCUGGCCUCCACGGGCGAGGAGAUCUACGACGUGCCGGGCAUCCGCAUCGUGCACCCCAAUGGCUCCCUGCAGAUCUUCCCCUUCCCCCCGUCCAGUUUCAGCACACUGAUCCACGACGACACCUACUACUGCACGGCCGAGAACCCUUCCGGAAAGAUCCGCAGCCAGGAUGUGCACAUCAAGGCGGUUCUACGGGAGCCCUACACAGUGCGCGUCGAGGACCAGAGAACCAUGAGAGGCAACAUUGCUGUCUUCAAGUGCAUUAUCCCCUCUUCCGUUGAGGCCUACGUCGCCGUGGUCUCAUGGGAGAAGGACACCGUCUCUCUCACCUCAGGAUCUAGAUUUCUCAUCACCUCCACUGGGGCCUUGUACAUUUUAGACGUGCAGAAUGAGGAUGGCUUGUACAACUACCGCUGCGUCACACGCCAUCGCUACACGGGCGAGACACGGCAGAGCAACAGCGCGCGUCUUUUUGUGUCAGAUCCAACGAACUCUGAACCGAUGAUCCUGGACGGCUUUGAGCAGCGUGAGGUGAUGGCCUCCCAUCGCGUGGAGCUUCCCUGCAAGGCGCUAGGUCACCCUGCACCCAAGUACCGCUGGCUGAAAGAUGGCAGGCCACUGGAACCGGACAGCCGCUUCCGGCAGGGCGUGACAGGCCUCCUGAUUGAGAGCGCUCAGCCUGGUGAUGCCGGGAGCUACGUCUGUGAGGUCUGGAACAGCUACGGCAAUGCUGAGGUCGCCGGCCGGUUGUUGGUCACACAGCCGUUGAAGGCAGUUGUGAGUCCACGCAAAGUGAAAGGCAGUGUGGGCAGUCAGGUGUCACUGUCCUGCACGGUGAGCGGCUCUGAUGACUACGAGAUCUCCUGGUACCGCAACGGCGAGGUGGUCCACCCAGGCAGCGGCGUGCGCAUCACUGGCGACAACCGUGAGACUUUGGUGGUGGAGGCCAUGAGCAAGAGCGACGGGGGCGCCUACCAGUGUUUUGCCAGGAAAGCCAAGAUGUCCGCCCAGGACUUUGUGCAGGUGGUUCUAGAAGAUGGCACCCCGAAGAUCCUCUCUUCCUUCAGUGAGAAGGUAGUGAGCCCCAGCGAGUCUGUAUCCCUGGUGUGCCUCGUGAAGGGAACCCCACUGCCCACUGUCACCUGGACCCUGGAUGAGGAGCCCGUGGCGCGGGACGGCGGGCGCCGCGUGGGCCAGACCGUCACCACCGAGGGUCACGUGCUGAGCUAUCUGAACAUCUCACAGGCCCAAGUGCGUGAUGGCGGCGUCUACCGCUGCACCUGCAACAACUCGGCCGGAGUGGUCACCUACCAGGCUCGAAUAAACGUAAGAGGCCCAGCCAGCAUCCGUCCAAUGAAGAACCUGACAGCCAUAGCUGGGCGGGACACCUACAUUCACUGCCGUGUCAUUGGCUACCCGUACUACUCCAUCAAGUGGUACAAGAACUCCAACCUGCUGCCCUUCAACCACCGGCAGCGGGCCUUCGAGAACAACGGCACGCUGAAGCUGUCCGACGUGCAGAAGGAUACCGAUGAGGGCGAGUACACCUGCAACGUGUUGGUCCAGCCCCAACUGUCCACCAGCCAAAGUGUGCAUGUCAAGGUCAAAGUGCCGCCCUUCAUCCAGCCCUUUGAGUUCCCACGCUUCUCCAUCGGCCAGCGGGUCUUCAUCCCCUGCGUGGUGGUGUCCGGCGACCUGCCCAUCUUCAUCACCUGGCAGAAGGACGGCCGCCCCAUCCCGGCCAGCCUGGGCGUCACCAUCGACAACAUCGACUUCACCAGCUCGCUGCGCAUCUCCAACCUCUCGCUCGUGCACAACGGCAACUACACCUGCAUCGCCCGCAAUGAAGCGGCGGCGGUGGAGCAUCAGAGCCAGCUCAUUGUCAGGGUUCCCCCUCGGUUCGUCGUGCAGCCUCGCGACCAAGACGGCAUUUACGGCAAGGCUGUCACGCUGAACUGCUCGGCGGAGGGCUACCCCGUGCCCACCAUCGUGUGGAAACACUCCAAAGGUGCGGGCGUGCCCCAGUUCCUGCCCAUCGCCAUGAACUCCGGCUUCCGGAUCCAGCUGCUGGCCAAUGGCUCGUUGCUCAUCAAGCAUGUCUUGGAAGAGGACAGCGGCUACUACCUGUGCAAGGUCAGCAACGACGUGGGAGCCGACGUCAGCAAGUCCAUGUACCUCAACGUGAAAAUCCCAGCCAUGAUCACGUCGUAUCCCAACACAACACUGGCAACGCAGGGGCAAAAGAAGGAGAUGAGCUGCACAGCUCACGGUGAGAAGCCCAUCAUGGUCCGCUGGGAGAAGGAGGACCGCAUCAUCAACCCUGAGACAAGUCGCUACGUGAUCUCUGUCAAGGAGACAGCCGACGAAGUCAUUUCCACCCUGCAGAUUUUACCUACAGUCAGGGAAGACUCUGGGUUUUUCUCCUGCCAUGCGAUCAACACGUACGGUGAAGACCGAGGCAUCAUUCAGCUGACGGUCCAAGAACCUCCUGACCCUCCCGAGGUGGAGAUCCGGGAGGUGCGGGAUCGUAUCAUUGCCCUCCGUUGGACUAUGGGCUUUGACGGCAACAGCCCAAUCACUGGCUAUGACAUUGAGUGCAAGAACAAGUCAGCCACCUGGGAAACUGCCCAGAAGACCAAAGACGUUUCCCCGCAACUGAACCAGGCCACCAUCAUCGAUCUCCACCCAUCGUCCACCUACAACAUUCGCAUGUUUGCCAAGAACCACAUUGGCAAAAGCGAGGCCAGCAAUGAGCUCACUGUCACCACUGAUGAAGCAGCCCCCGAUGGUUCUCCACAGGAUGUCCAGCUUGAAGCCGUCACAUCGCAGAGCAUCAGAGUCACCUGGAAGGCACCCAAGAAGCACCUGCAGAACGGCGUGAUCCGCGGCUACCAGGUGGGCUACCGCGAGCACAGCAUGGCCGGCAGCCAUCAGUUCAACGUGGUCACCACAGAGACGACGGGAGACGGCGAGACGCUUCUGCUGGAUGGCCUAAGGAAGUUCACCCGCUAUGGAGUGGUGGUGCAGGCCGGCAACAGUGCUGGCAUGGGACCGUCAUCCCAAGAGGUGGUGGUCACCACACUGGAGGAUGUGCCCAGUCGGCCACCUGAAACCGUCCAGGCCACUGCCACAUCAGCCGAGAGCAUCUCGCUGUCCUGGCAGACGCCCGGGAAGGAUGCCCUCAAUGGCGUACUCCAAGGUUUCCGCGUCAUCUACUGGGCCAACCUGCCUGACGGAGAGCUCGGCGAAAUCUGGAACGUGACCACAAUGCAGCCGUCGCUAGAGCUGGACGGCCUGGAGAAGUACACCAACUACAGUGUGCAAGUGCUGGCCUUCACGCGCGCCGGUGACGGUGCCCGCAGCCAGCAGAUCUUCAUCCGCACCAGAGAAGAUGUCCCUGGGCCACCAGUGGGGGUAAAAGCCGCGGCUGCGGGCAGCACCGUCGUCUUCGUCUCCUGGCUGCCGCCGCUGAAGCUCAAUGGCGUCAUCAGGAAGUACACGGUGUUCUGCUCCAACCCUUACCCUAAGGUCAUGAGUGAGUUCGAAGCUUCGCCGGAUGUCUUCUUCUACCGCAUCCCAAACUUGGUCCAGAACCGACAAUACAGCAUCUGGGUGGUGGCAGCCACAGAGGCAGGUCGGGGCAAUGCCAGCACCAUCAUCACAGUGGAGCCGCUGCCCAAAGCUCCUGCCAGGAUCUUGACAUUCAGCGGCACUGUCACAACACCCUGGAUGAGGGACAUAAUCUUACCGUGCAGGGCAGUCGGGGACCCAUCCCCCACCGUCAAAUGGGUGAAGGACAGCAAUGGCAAUCCUGCCCCUGUGGUCACUGACGGAAGGCGCAGUAUCCAUAGCAACAGUAGCUUUGUCAUCCGAAUGGUGAAAGCAGAGGAUUCUGGGUACUACACCUGCAUGGCCAGCAACAGCUGGGGAUCGGAUGAAAUUGUGCUUAAUCUGCAGGUUCAAGUGCCUCCGGACCAGCCUCGUCUCACGGUAACCAAGACGACCACCACGUCCAUCACCCUCUCCUGGAUCCCUGGAGACAAUGGGGGCAGCUCUAUCAGGGGGUAUGUCCUGCAAUACUCAGAGGACAACAGCGAGCAGUGGGGCAACUUCUCCAUCAGCCCCAGCGAGCGAUUCUACCGGCUGGAAAACCUCAAGUGCGGCUCGUGGUACAAAUUCACACUUACUGCCCACAAUGGGGUGGGACCCGGCCGCAUCAGCGAGAUCAUUGAGGCCAAGACACAUGGCAAAGAGCCGCAGUAUUCCAAAGAGCAGGAGCUGUUCGCCAGCAUCAACUCUACCCGUGUCAAACUGAACCUGAUUGGCUGGAGCAAUGGUGGCUGCCCCAUCACCUCCUUUGUCCUGGAGUACCGCCCGGUGGACAGCUCCAUCUGGACGACUGCUCAGCGUGCAUCCCUGACCAAGAGCUACACCUUGUACGACCUGCAAGAGGCUACUUGGUAUGAGCUGAGAAUGAAGGUGUCCAACAGUGCCGGUUUUGCAGAGAAGACAGCCAUGUUUGCCACUCUCAGCUAUGACGGCAGUACCAUUCCACCCCUGGUGAAGACUGUGGUGGAGAGCAAGGACAGCGUGUCUGCCAAUGAGGGCCUGAAGAUGAUGGUGACCAUCCCCAGCAUCUUGGCGGGCUUGGUGCUGCUGAUCAUCCUGCUGAUGGUGCUCAGGAGGAGAAGGAGGGAGCAACGGCUGAAGAGACUGAGAGAUGCGAAAAGCUUGGCAGAGAUGCUUAUGAGUAAAAACACCAGGCCGUCAGACACCAUGAACAAGCAGCAGCAGACGCUAAGGAUGCACAUCGACAUCCCUCGCGCUCAGCUUCUCAUAGAGGAGAGAGACACCAUGGAGACCACAGAUGACCGGUCCACAGUGUUGCUUACAGAUACUGACUUUGGGGAGACCUCCAAGCCUAAGUCCACCACGGUGACUCACACAGUCCACUACCAGUCCAUCUCCCAGGCCACUGGCCCCCUAGUGGAUGUGUCUGACGCACGACCCGGAACCAACCCCACAGCUCGUCGUACCGCCAAAGCCGGCCCCGCAGCCCGGAGCCGUUACGCAAGCCAGUGGACGCUAAGCCGCCCCCCCCGGCCCUCCUCAUCCCACACUCUGAGCAGCGGCUGGAGGCUGCCCACACCCCGCGACAAAGAGAGCGAUAGCUACAGUGCUAGUCCCUCACAGGAUACAGAUCGCGCACGCAGCAGCAUGGUCUCCACGGAGAGCGCCUCGUCCACCUACGAGGAGCUGGCGCGGGCCUACGAACACGCCCGGCUGGAGGAGCAGCUGAGGCAGGGCAAGCUCACUGUCACCGAGUGCUUCGUGUCGGACACGUCGUCCGAGCAGCUCGCCGUCGGGGUGCACGAGUACACCGACAGCCUGGCCUCCAGCACGCCUUCCGAGUCCGGCAUCUGCCGCUUCACUGCCUCGCCGCCGCGGCCGCAGGACGUUGUGCGCGUCGCAAAUGUGGCCGUUCCCAAGGCGCACCGGCCUGGUGGUGAACCGGUGCACCUGCCACCCUACCUCCGCAUGGACUUCCUGCUGAGCCGGCCGGCUGCCCCGGCGUCAGGCGCCCAGGCUUGCUUGGAGCCCCUGAAAACACGGCCACUAAAACGCCCGGCCCCCCGGCAGCCCGUCCCCACCGAGGCCCCUGCCUGGCCCCCCGGCUCAGCUGCCACGUUACCGCAGAGGGAAACUCGCGAACUGGGCCAAACUGCCAAGAUCAGCACCUCCCAGGAGUCUUUGCUGGACUCGCGGGGCCACCUGAAGCCGGGCAGUAACCCCUACACCAAGUCCUACACGCUGGUAUAGCACAGCGCGCAGGCCCACACACACACACACACACACACACACACACACACACACACAGCGCACGUGUACACCACGCUCCACAACGGACUCAUUUAUUCCCUUUUAAAAGAAAGUACUUCUUUUUUCUUACUAUUAAUUUUUUUUACUGGAACAUUCAUACUUAAGAAUAUCUACUGCCAGUAUAAUUUAGCAACAAUAUGCGCAUGGAGAGGAAGAUUAUGAUGAUGAUGGUGGUGGAUAUUGUUAUUUAAAAAAAAAAAAAAACUAUCUUUACCAUACAGUCUGCCAUUUUUUAUUAUCUGUGCAUUCCUUCCUUUAUAUUUAUUUGUAUAUUUUAUUAGGCUACACAGUUAUUUAAUGAUUGGUCAGCUGUCAGAUUUAUUUGAGAAGGGGAGAAAAACCCCUUUCAGAUGUCCCUGGCCAUCCAUACGUCUCAGAUGACCUUUUCAAAUGAAAUUUUAACGAAUGCAUGAGAACGAAGAAACAGGCUAUGAUGAUGAAGAUGCUGAUAACCAUAUGAUGACGAUGACGAAGAUGUCGAUGAAGAUACGACGAUGAUAAAAGUGUGGUGGUGAUGAGGAUGAUGAAGAUGGCGGCGAUUGUGAUAAGGAUGAGGGUGAUGAGCAUGUCUGGAAUGAUGUUGGUGUCGAUGAAGAUGGCGAUUAUGAAGAUGAUAAUGUCUACUUUUAAUGAUAAUGAGAUUGUGCUGACCGAUAAUGAGGGUGACGAUUAUGUUGGUGACAGUAAUUGUGAUGAUGAAGAUGACCAAUAUAAUAAUAAUUAUAAUAUUAAUGGCUGGAAGUCCAGCUGAAAUGUUUUGUCAGAAUAUGAAAUGUUACCAUGUGAAGAUUUAUUGUAUCUAUAAAAGCUAAAAUUUAAUUUGUGGAUAUUACAGGGAAAUGGAUUUGGCUAAUAAAAUCUUUAGUCAUGUUUGCACAAA